CUUAGUUUGAACCGUUCAACUGGGUAGAAGCCUUUGAUAUUCUAUUUUAUGACACGUUUUGCUUUGAUUGGUGGGAAAAUUUUGGAGAAAAGAUAGAUAACUCGUAAUGCUGCAAUGGAAUCAAGCAUGGAUGGAAGAUCCUCUCCCCAUUUGCUGAUGCUUCUUUGCUUUGCUUCAUUUCUUCAAAUAUGUCACUCAGCAUCCCAACUGAAGAGCUACAUUGUCUACACUGGCAAUAGCAUGAAUGAUGAGGCUUCUGCGUUGACUCUUUAUUCAAGCAUGCUACAAGAAGUUGCAGACAGCAAUGCUGAGCCCAAGUUAGUACAACACCACUUCAAGCGUAGUUUCAGUGGCUUUGUUGCUAUGCUAACGGAGGAGGAGGCCGAUAGAAUGGCUAGACAUGAUAGAGUUGUAGCUGUCUUUCCUAAUAAAAAGAAGCAACUCCAUACAACAAGAUCAUGGGAUUUUAUUGGCUUUCCACUACAAGCAAAUAGAGCACCAGCUGAAAGUGAUGUCAUCAUUGCAGUACUUGACUCUGGAAUUUGGCCCGAAUCUGAGAGCUUCAAUGACAAAGGAUUCGGUCCACCACCUAGUAAAUGGAAGGGCACCUGCCAAACUUCUAAAAAUUUCACAUGCAAUAAUAAAAUCAUUGGGGCUAAGAUUUACAAAGCUGAUGGAUUUUUUAGCGAUGAUGAUCCAAAAUCUGUGAGGGAUAUAGAUGGUCAUGGCACUCAUGUAGCAUCAACAGCAGCUGGGAACCCAGUUGGCACAGCUAGCAUGUUAGGCCUUGGUCAGGGAACAGCAAGAGGUGGCGCGACAAAAGCACGCAUUGCUGUGUAUAAAGUGUGUUGGUUUGAUGGUUGUUCUGAUGCAGACAUACUUGCUGCAUUUGAUGAUGCAAUUGCAGAUGGGGUUGACAUAAUAACAGUUUCUCUUGGAGGGUUCAGUGAUGAAAGCUACUUUAGAGAUGUAAUAGCCAUUGGAGCAUUUCAUGCUGUGAGAAAUGGAGCAUUAACAGUAACUUCAGCAGGAAACGGUGGUCCAAGACCUUCCUCCCUAUCCAACUUUUCGCCUUGGUCAAUUACUGUGGCUGCUAGUACCAUAGACAGGAAGUUUGUUACCAAGGUUGAAUUAGGUAACAAAAUCACCUAUGAGGGUACCUCAAUAAAUACAUUUGAUCUCAAGGGAGAAUUGUAUCCUAUAAUUUAUGGUGGAGAUGCACCAAACAAAGGCGUAGGCAUAGAUGGAUCGUCAUCAAGGUUUUGCUUCAGCGGUUCGUUGGACAAAAAGUUAGUUCAUGGUAAAAUUGUUCUCUGUGAUAGCAGAAGCCAAGUGUCAGGCCCUUUCGAUGCUGGUGCUGUUGGGGCAUUGGUACAAGGUCAAGGUUUUAGAGAUAUUCCUCUCUCUUUUCCAUUGCCUGGAUCUUACCUUGCCUUGCAGGAUGGUGUCUCUGUAUAUGACUACAUAAACUCUACAAGGACUCCAACUGCAACCAUAUUUAAGACUGAUGAGACAAAAGAUACAAUAGCUCCUGUUGUGGCCUCUUUCUCUUCAAGGGGCCCAAACAUUGUUACACCUGAAAUUCUCAAGCCGGAUUUAGUGGCUCCCGGAGUUUCGAUUCUAGCUAGUUGGUCUCCAGUUUCCCCUCCUUCUGACAUUGAAGGUGACAACAGAACAUUGAAUUUCAAUAUAAUCUCAGGAACUUCAAUGGCUUGUCCACAUGUUUCUGGAGCCGCAGCGUAUGUUAAAUCAUUUCAUCCAACAUGGUCUCCUGCUGCUAUUCGUUCAGCUCUAAUGACAACAGCUAAACAACUUAGUCCAAAGACUAACCUUCAGGCAGAAUUUGCAUACGGCUCAGGCCAAAUUGAUCCUUCCAAGGCUGUGUACCCUGGUUUAGUAUAUGAUGCUGGUGAAAUAGACUAUGUAAGGUUUUUAUGUGGACAAGGCUAUAGUACAAGGACUUUACAACUCAUCACAGGAGAUAACAGUAGCUGCCCUGAAACAAAGAAUGGUUCAGCAAGGGAUCUAAACUACGCUUCAUUUGCACUCUUUGUCCCACCCUCCAACUCCAAUAGUAUAAGUGGCAGUUUUAACAGGACUGUUAUAAAUGUUGGGUCGCCAACGUCCACAUAUAAAGCUACUGUCACUUCUCCUGAGGGACUGAAAAUUAAGGUAAACCCCAGUGUUCUACCAUUCACUUCUCUUAACCAAAAGCAAACAUUUGUGCUCACAAUUGAGGGACAACUAAAAGGACCUAUAGUGUCAGGCUCUUUGGUUUGGGGUGAUGGUAAGUACCAAGUGAGGAGCCCCAUUGUUGUGUUCAAUACAGCAUGAUGGCCAAGGUUAAUGCAUUAAAUAACUUGAAGCAAAAGCAUUAAACAUUUGCGGGUUUUUCAUAUAUAUUAGUAUUAAACAGCCAAAAAUGGCUGCUCUCAUUUUUAUUGAUGAUAAAAUAUUGAAAGUACUCUAAAUGGCACGAGUUGAUUCAGGCAUUAAAUACCUGAUAGUCAAGUUAUCUUAA